AUGGCUGCUCCACUAAAUCUCGAAGAAGGUCAGUCGUCACACAGACCUCCUCGUUUCAAUGGACAUUUCUACAGUUGGUGGAAAGUUAGAAUGCAUGACUACCUCAUGGCUGAAGACAGCGAGUUAUGGGAUAUCGUACUGGAUGGACCAUUUGUUCCGAUGAUGGAUGAAAAGGAUGGAGAGAAGACUAUCACUGUUCCAAAGCCUAGGCAGAAAUAUGACGAAGCUGACAGGAAAAAGAUUGAAAAAGGUUUCAAAGCUAAAACUCUCCUGGUUUGUGGGAUAGGACCUGAUGAGUAUAACAGAGUGUCAGCCUGUGAGUCUGCUAAAGAAAUUUGGGACUGCUUGAAGACUGCACAUGAAGGAACUGAACAAGUCAAAGAAUCUAAGAUUGACAUGCUUACCUCACAGUAUGAGAACUUCAAAAUGAAGGAAGGAGAAACAAUACAUGACAUGUUCACCAAGUUGUCUUCCAUUACAAAUGAGCUGCGAAGUCUGGGUGAACCUAUAAGCAUGACCAAACAAGUCAGAAAAGUGCUUCGAAUUCUUCCAAAGUCUUGGGAGAGCAAGGUAGAUGCCAUUACAGAAGCCAAGGAUCUGAAGGUGCUGACUAUGGAUGCUUUGAUUGGGAAUCUGAAGACACAUGAGAUGAAUCGAAACUAUGAUUUGUCAAAGAAGGAAGCCAAGAAGGACAAGUCAUUGAUGCUGAAGUAUAAAUCAGAUGAAGAUUCUAGUGAUGAUGAUAUGUGUGGAAAAUCUGGGCACUUCAUCAGAGAGUGUCCUUUGCUCAAGAAUGAAAGCAAGGAACAUCAAAAACAUAGGAGUGACAAAGAGAAUAGAAGGGACCUGGUACUUGGCAACAGAGAUCGAAAAGCUGCUGCUGAUAUGGUUGUCAAAAAGGCUCUUGCUGCAUGGGGAGAUUCUUCAAGUGAUUCAGAAGACCCUGAUGAGCCAAAAGAUGUGUCCAUGGUUGCUGUGCAUGAGGAGGAAACUGUCUUCAAUGAAAUAACUUUGGCCAAAGUCAUGAUUGAUUCUGUGAUAGAGUUAACAUCUGAAAGAGACACCAUGAAUGCUGAACUUGACAGUUUAACUGAAAACAAAGUUAAACUUGAAGAGAAAAUGUCAAGAAUGGUGUCUCUAGAGUCAAAUAACUCUGAACUUAAGAACCAGUUGAAUCAGAUUACUGAAGAAGCUGAAAAGCUGAAUGGAAUGUCAAACAGUCUGCAAGCUGAAAUUCAAGAAAAAUUGAAAAACUCUGAGAAAAACCUUGGUCUGUCACUUGAAAAGAGUAACAAAUUAGAACAGGAUAUUGUGAAACUUAAGGAAGAACUUGAAAAAUCCCUUAAGUGGACCAAAUCCUCAAAGUUACUUUCAAAUGCAACAAAUCAGAGUAAUUUCAAUAAGAAAGGACUAGGAAGUCUGAACAUAAGUCCUCCUUAUAAUCCUCACAGUAAGUAUGUGUUUGUGUCUGACAAUCUGUUGUGUCUCCAUUGUGGUAAGAAUGGACAUUUGAAGAAUGACUGUGCUAGCUGGAAAAACUCCUGUGAAGGGUUCUCUAAUUAUGCUGAAAGGCAUAAUGUACCAAUAGAGAGACCUGGUCCUCCAAAGCAUGUUUCAACUCACAGAUUUUCAAAGAAAAAAUCUGUACCUGCUCCUAUGUCCUUUGUUAGAAAGCUUCAAAAUCUACAAUAUUGGACUAAAUACAAUCUAAUCACUCCUUUGUCUGCCUACUGGAAACUCAAGCUGAAAUGGUACAGCUUGCUAAGUGUGUCACAAAUCUGUGAUAAAGGAAAUGAGGUCAAGUUUACUUCUGAGAAAUGCACUGUAGUGAGUUUAACUACAAACAAAGUAAUUCUCACUGCACACAGAAGUAAAAAUAUGUAUGUGGCAGACUUGGAAACGUCUCAUGAAGAUGACUUAACAUGUCUUAGUGCUCAAAACGAAAGUGCUGAUCUCUGGCAUCGUAGGCUGGGACAUGUGAGUUCAUCUUUAUUGAACAAGUUGAUUUCUAAGGACCUGGUCCGAGGUUUGCCCAAAAUGAAGUUUGCUGAAAAUAAAAUAUGUGAAGCUUGUGUUAAAGGAAAGCAAAUCAGAUCAUCUUUUAAACCCAAGAAUCAGGUAACAUCAUCAAGAACCUUAGAGCUGCUUCAUAUGGACCUGUGUGGACCCUUGAAGGUUCAAAGCAGAAAUGGCAAGAAGUACAUUUUGGUGAUUGUCGAUGACUAUUCAAGAUACACCUGGACGAGAUCUUUCAGAUCAAAGGCAGAUGCAGCUGAAGAGCUGGUGGUAUUCUUCAAAAUGAUUCAAACCAAAUUGAAUCAAGUUGUUUGCAGCAUUCGAUCUGAUCAUGGCACAGAGUUUGAAAACUCAACACUAGAUAGAUUCUGUAUGGAAAAUGGUACAAGCCAUAAUUUCUCUGCUCCAAGAACUCCUCAUCAAAACGGAGUAGUGGAAAGAAAGAACAGAACCUUGGUGAACAUUGCCAGAACCAUGAUUAUUGAAUCAAAUCUUCCUCAAAGUUUCUGGGCUGAAGCUGUUAACACAGCAUGUCAUGUUACCAACAGGUGUCUAAUAAGAGCUGUGUUGAAUAAGACUCCAUACGAACUGCUCAACAACAGAAAGCCAAUGCUGAGCUAUCUUAGAGCAUUUGGAUGCAGAUGUUUUGUGCUGAAUAAUGGGAAGGAUGAUCUAGGAAAAUUUGAUCCCAGAAGUGAUGAAGGAGUAUUUGUUGGAUAUUCUUCAUCCAGCAAAGCCUACAGAAUAUUCAACAAACGAACACAAUGCAUUGAAGAAAGCAUUCAUAUUGAAGGAGGUGAAGCUGAUGCAGAUCAACAACUGAAAAGUGAUUGUGAUGAUCAGAAUCAUAGUCUACCUGAAGAAGAUGCUGAGGUUGAACAGGAUGAUAUGGUACCUGGUACUACUCAAAACUCCAGCCAGAGUACAUCAGACUCCCCAGAAGAUGAUGUCACUCUUGAUGAAGAAGAACAUGCUGAUCUGCCAAAUCAGUCUGCUGCAAAGUCAGGAUGGAAGCAUAGGAAGAAGAGAAAGCAGUCACAGGGACCUGGUCCUCAAGCCAGGAAAGUUGAGAAUGUCAACUUGCAGGAAGUAGUUGACAGUCUGAGGAAACAAGCAGUUCUCGCCGGAAGAGUUUUUGAUAUGGGGAUUAUAACUCUUCCUGGCAUGGAUUCUCUGCAUGACAUGGUGGAGAUCCAAUCUUGGCUGCACCUGUUCGACAAGAAAUCCCCCAUUCUCCAUGAAGAAGAGGUUCGUGAAUUUUACUACAAUUUUCAAUUCAUGGAAGAUGGGAGUCUCCUCACACGGGUAAACAAUAUUGCCAUUUCUUUGGAUGAGGAGGUGUUGGGCAAAAUCCUCAGAGUGCCUACAGAGGGGACCCGGUCUGUGCUGGGCAAAACUUGCUCUUCAGAAUUUGCCUCUAUGAUUUCUAAGACUCCCACAACUAAGGUUGCUGGGAUCUAUAAGAAAAUUAUGAAGAGUGAGUAUCAGCUGGUCUUUGAGUUCGUCAACAAAGUGCUCCUUCCUCGCACAGAAAAGAGAACACUUGCUACUGCUGCUGACUUGUACGUGAUGGAGAUGCUGUGCAGCUUUGAAGCUCUGAGCCUUCCUAGUCUAAUGAUUGAGCACAUUCACAAAACCGUCAUUGAGAGGAAAGGUGUACAUGGAAUGGGUUAUGGAUACUUUCUCACUGAAGUAUUCAAGCAUUUUCGAAUUCCUCUUAGUGUUGGAAAGGUUGGGACAGUUAAACAAUUUAUCUCUGAGCAUACAUUGUUUGAAUGUGAAUGUAUUGAAGGCAGAGGCUUCCCAAAAAGCAAGAUGGCUCAACUUCUUGAAGACCUGGAUCAGCUUAAACAUGAGAUUGAAGAGCUCACUGUGCGGUUGAGUGGUAAAGAGGCUGAAAUUGCUGUACUCAAAGCAGAACUGCUUACUGCACAGAGUGAGGGACCUGGUUCUUCAGUUGUACAAGCUCUGGAGUAA